UCGUUGCAGAAUGGUGAAAUACCCCCGGUGGUCAACAGUGACCUGUUCAAGCCGAUGGAUACGGUCGAAUCAUACAAAAUGUUCAAGUUUUGGAAAAUACAGGCCCAAAUGAAUAACCGAAAGGACAAACAUACCGCAGAACAAUCGAAUGAGCUUAAGAACUACCCGUGCAAGCCACCUGAGUUCAAUAUCGAUCUGGAAAAAUCAACGAGGAGUUGCCGCGAAACUCCCGAGUUACCGGUCAUAAAUGCCGAAUGCCAAGAGCCAAAAAUGCUUCGUGAGAGUAGUGAAAUGCAACAAAUUAAAGUUGGUUCAAAAGAACGUGAAGCUAAACGGAGAUUUUAUUGCGUCUUCUGUUACAACAACAGCAGCUGGAACGUGCAGCAGUGGUCGAGUCACGUGUGCAAAGCUCCUAAUGGAACUAUCGUGUAA